AUGUGGACCUUCCUGGGCAUCGCCACCUUCACCUACUUGUACAAGAAGUGCGGGGACGUGGUGACCCUGGCGCACCCCGAGCUGCUGCUGGGCGGGCUGCUGUGCCUGUCGCUGGGCCUCGCGCUGUCCUACCGCUGUCGCCCCCGCAGCGCCGGCCUGAGCGGACCCCGGGCCGCCGCCCUCGCCCAGCUGCUGUCCGCGCUGCCCGUCGUCGGCGUGUUCUGGGCCAAGCCGUCCCCCGCGGCCACGAGGAAGGGGCAGCUGGAGGCCAGGAGGCAUACAAAAGGCACAAGUAUUUCAGAAACAACGUCAGUAGGAACUAUAACAUCUCAGAAUGAUCCGGAAGUUAUCAUUGUGGGAUCUGGUGUACUUGGUUCUACAUUGGCAGCAGUGCUUUCUAGAGAUGGAAGAAGGGUGACUGUGAUCGAAAGAGAUUUAAAGGAGCCCGACAGGAUAGUUGGAGAAUUUCUGCAGCCAGGUGGCUAUCAUGUCCUUAAAGAUCUUGGUCUUGGAGAUACAGUGGAAGGCUUUGAUGCCCAGGUGAUCCAUGGCUAUGUAAUUCAUGAUCGAGAUAGCCGCUCGGAGGUUCAGAUUCCCUUCCCUCUGUCGGAGGACAAUCAGGUGCUGAGUGGACGAGCUUUCCACCAUGGCAGGUUCAUCAUGAGUCUCCGGAAAGCAGCUAUGGCAGAAGCCAAUGUAAAGUUUAUUGAAGGCGUUGUGGUCCAGUUACUAGAGGAAGAUGAUUCAGUGGUGGGAGUUCAGUACAGGGAUAAAGAAACUGGAGACAUCAAGGAACUCCAUGCUCCAUUGACUGUUGUUGCAGAUGGGCUUUUCUCCAAGUUCAGGAAAAACCUCGUCUCCAAUCAAGUUUCUGUCUCAUCUCAUUUUGUUGGCUUGCUUAUGAAGAACGCACCACAGUUUAAAGCAAACCAUGCGGAACUUGUUUUAGCUAAUCCGAGUCCAGUUCUUAUUUAUCAAAUUUCAUCCAAUGAAACUCGAGUACUUGUUGACAUUCGGGGAGAAUUACCAAGGAAUUUAAGAGAAUACAUGACUGAAAAAAUUUACCCACAAAUACCCGGCCACAUGAAGGAGCAGUUCCUAGAAGCUGUUCAGAAUUCUCGAUUGAGGGCUAUGCCAGCAAGCUUCCUGCCUUCCUCACCAGUCAGCAAACGAGGUGUUCUUCUUUUGGGAGAUGCAUAUAAUAUGAGACAUCCUCUUACUGGUGGGGGAAUGACUGUUGCUUUUAAUGACGUAAAACUGUGGCAUCAUCUAUUAAAGGGCAUCCCUGACCUGUACGACGAUGCAGCUGUUCUCCAGGCCAAGAAAACAUUCUACUGGACAAGAAAAAAGUCUCAUUCCUUUGUUGUGAAUGUCCUUGCCCAGGCUCUCUAUGAAUUAUUUUCAGCCACAGAUGAUUCCUUACAUAAGCUCAGAAAAGCCUGUUUUCUUUAUUUCAAACUUGGAGGAGAGUGUGUUGCUGGUCCUGUUGGGCUGCUUUCUGUAUUAUCUCCUAACCCACUCAUUUUAAUUGGACACUUCUUUGCUGUUGCGGUCUACGCCAUGUAUUUUUGCUUUAAAUCAGAACCAUGGGUAUCAAAACCCCGAGCCCUUUUCAGUAGUGGUGCUGUUUUGUACAGAGCGUGUUCUGUAAUAUUUCCCCUUAUUUACUCAGAAAUCAAGUACUUGGUUCAUUGA